UUGGUAAUGUCGUUUACUUGGAAUCAAUUUGAACGUUGGUUAGAAGCCCAUCAAGUAAGUCAAUGGAAACAACUAUUGUCGUUGGAGCGUUAUGAUAAUAACUACAGAACAUUCCUUGCUAAAAAGCCAAUCACAAAGGGAAGCAUUUUGCUUGAAAUACCAGACCCACUAUUGAUAACUGGUAACAAAGUAUGCAAGUGGUUGGAAAGGAACAACUGGAUAGGUCAUCAACAAAUAUCAAGUGUUCAAGGAGUUUUAUUGGUUUCCAUAUUUCUUUUUUUUGAAUCCAGGCAAAGUGACUCUUUUUGGAAGCCCUAUCUACAAGUGCUACCCACUUCGUAUGAUUUGCUCUUCUUGUAUCGAGACGGCCUUUUAUUAUCGUAUGUUACUGAAGCAGAUAUCAUGCAAAUGGUGGAGUCCGUUCGUCGUAUAUUACGUGACACUUUUCAAACAUAUGUUAUUCCUCAUUUCUCUAGUGUUGAUGAUAGAGAUAAGUGGAAUGUCUUAUUCAAAGAGUUUGUGCGAUGGUAUUGUGCUGUAGUGAGCCGCAUAUGUUAUUUACCCGAUGACAUUGCAGGAGCCCUGGUGCCUUUAGGAGAUAUAUUCAAUCACGAAGCAGUGGAUACUCCUGUGGACAUUCUUUAUGCUAAAUGGGAACGAGGUUAUUAUGUAUUUCGUGCACAUCGAAAUUUUUCCAUCGGAACACAAGUAUUCGUAUCUUAUGGUGCACUUUCUAAUACGGAACUUAUGAUGUAUUAUGGAUUCACAUUGAAUGAUAAUCCUUGGGAUACUUUGUCUUUUUAUCCACAUGAACUGGAUGAAUCUAUCAAGUUUUAUGAACGGGUAGUUUUAGAUAGAGAAGGAUUUUCACCCAAUCUUCUCAUCGCCUUUUGUAACCAUUGUGAGGAACGAGAUGUGGAUAAACUUGUGAAUGAAACCAAUUGUGCAAGACUUUAUGAUAUCUGUGUGCUUUUGGAGACUCGUGAAACAAAUAUUCUGAUGAAACUGGAGAAAGUUGGAAGCAACCAUAGAAGAAUUGAAUGGUUAAGGUCAUGGAUUCAAGGUCGCAUUGAACUGAUAAGAAUGGUGAAGGAUAUGUAUAGAAAAAUGGAUGAAUGAUCAACUUGUACUCCAAGUUAACUUGUUGACGUUGUCGAAGAGAAAUGAGUGCGACAAUGAGCGUCGAAAUAGGAGUUGGAAUCGUUGCAUUUCUACACAUAAAAUUCUUUUUGCCUAA